CUCACAUGAUGAUGAUAAUGGAGUUGUUACUUCUAACCAUACUUAUCUCAGGAAAGCUUUCAGUUACUUGGACUGUCCCAGACACAGUAGUUAAUGUGCCUGUGCAACAAGGAAAGUCCAUCAUCAUUCCUUAUUUAUAUGAUGUAAAAUACAUUAAUUGUUCAAAGUACCUGUGUUUUGGACAUUCACGGCAUUCUUGCAAAGAUGUUAAGGAAAUGAAACACAGAAUGGUGUCCACCUUAGAUGACCAAACCCAGCAUAUAUUUACUGUAACAAUGAAGAAUGUAAGCCUUCGUGAUGCUGGUCAUUACUGGUGUUCUGUUGAGGGCCCUAGCCAUUAUGAAAGGAAACAUUUUCAACUAAAUGUCACAAAAGCUACUCCUGAGCUGUAUGUGGAUGAUCAGAUGGUAACUGGAUAUGAGGGCAGCCAUAUGGUCAUUUUCUGCCAUCAUCCAACCAAGCAACCAAAAGCAUGGUGUAAGAUUGGAGAUGCAUGUGUGAGCACAACUGGAAACAUAAGUGGUACCUUGGUUCAGCUCAGCAGUGUGGAUGGGGGAUUUCGUGUGACUAUGAGCAAGCUAACAAUGGACAACACCGGAUGGUAUUGGUGCUCAGCAGGAAAUGAACAGAUGCCUGUUCACAUCACUGUGCGGAGGGAUACACAUAUCUGGGAGCGCAGAAGCUCAUUUGCAUGGCUGGUAUUUUUGGGAUUACUGCUUGCAUUAGCUUAUAUAGCUGUGACUGUAUUCCAGCAACAUCACCAAACAUGUGAAAUGUUUUCAUUGCCCAAGAGGUCUGAAAAUCUGUAUGUAAGCAUGAAAAAACCAAAACUGCAAACAACACAACAUGAAGAUGAGCACAUUGAUACUCAAGAGUAUGAAAUUAUGUCCAGUCCUGGGCAAGAAUUGGAGAUGAAGGUCACAUUACAUAUAAAGAUGACCUUGUUCUUCAAGAACCUUACUGCACCUGCUGAAUGUGAUUUGCAUUACCUUCAAGUGGAAAAUAUGAAGAAGUGGAAAUACAUCAGUUUUAUACAGGUUUCCAAAAGUGGAACUGAAGAAACACAGCUAUCCAUGAUCAAAUUCAUCAUAAUUUCAUGCGUAUUUUUCUCAUACCUUCCAAAGAAUAAAUACAUCAACAGAAUGAAUAUUUUAUAAUGCAAUAAAAUCUAGACAUCACAUGGCAGACUUGCUGCUUCAUAAUUAAUUUAAAAUGUUUUUGUCUUCGCCUCUGAUCUUAUGGCACCCAGCAAGGGCCUCUGUAUUUAGUGUGUAAGAGAUCUCUAUGAAAACAGAGAGCUGUUCUUUAAUACUGCAUGUGAUGACUCAUUUUUCCUCAUGACUGUUUGGGAAAACACUGAACUUCGGUGGAUGCCAUUAUGGGUUUUUCACAGCAUGUAAUUGUGCAACUUUUUUUUGCCAUUUAAUUUGCAAUUUGUACUUGGUCCUCAAGGGGGCCUCGGUAAUAUUUGUUUAGCUUAAAUUGAGUACGGUAUGUAAUUGUUUGUUAUCUGUAAUGAUAUUUCAUAUUCUCUAAGUACUUUGGAUCAUUUCAUCUUUUCUACAUCAGUCUGGAUAUAUGUGC